AUGAAUGCUAAGCCUGGCGAUUUGAUAUCACUGAUCGACGCUGAAGCCCCACCUACCCCGCCGCCUUCUCAUGAACAUGCAUUCCCAACUGGAGCAACAGAUUCACCUGCAACUCCUCUCAGCGUCAAUUCCUCUGCAUCCUCUUCAGUAACAUCCUCAUUAACAGCAGGAGGCUUCUCUAUUCCAAUUUCGGGAUCAGAAUCUGGUGCAGGUGUUGGAGCACCGGUUCCGUCAUCAGGUGAUUCAUCCUCGUUAUUGGAUCUCAACGUGGACGUAUAUGGAGGCAUGGAUCAGGUGUACCUCAAAGCAGCUGGCAUGCGCAGUGACUUCACCAUCACGUUUGGUGCUACAGUCAACUACCAACUUCACAAAUUCCCCCUCUAUUCCAAGACUGAUCAUUUCUCCAAGCAUGCUGUGGAGGAGGAGAAGAGCAGCUUCAGGCAGAAUUCCGGGGAUCCAGAGAGUUCCACCAAUGGGAAGCGAGCCCGUCUGGACCUCUCCAACCUCCCAGGCGGAAUCGAGACCUUCAAGCUCGUCGCGUGCUUCUGCUACGGCAUUCCCAUUACAAUCACUCCUGAUAACGUCACAGCUCUUUAUUGUGCAGCGAUUUACCUCGAUAUGAGGGAUGACCCUCGAGCUGCUAUGUGCGGUGGUCCCUAUGACUGUAACCUGCUGACGCUUGCGUCUCGCCACCUCACCUCGUAUCUCUCUCACCCCCGGGCAGCUCUCACCGUGCUCCAAUCGUGCGAUGCCAGCUCAGCGAUCCGGGCGAGUGCUGAGUCAGCAGGGCUGCUGCUGACCACCGUGAACGCGGUCGCACGAUUGGUAGUGAAAGAAGCGGGGAAAGGUGACGAUGCUUAUGACGGUUCCGAUGCUACUGCUUCUGCUGCUGUUGAAACAGAUAAUGCAGGCAGGGAAGAGAAGGCGAAGGAUAAGGUCACAGAUGGAGCUGCAAGCGAAGCGGAGGGACAUACGCAAUCGGCUAGCGCAGGACCGCUGUGGCUGUCGCCCCAGCUGCUGCAGCUGUCCCUCCCCACGUUCGUCCAGCUGCAUGCUGCUGUGAGCGCCAUGGGAAUGAGUGUGCUGCAUCUCUGUGCUCUUCUGGAGGCCUACUGCAACACGUGGCUUCCUUUCCCUGUGGACGUCCCAUCCACAUCCACCUCACCUGCAGCCACGUCAGCAGACGCCCAGACUACCUCCACGUGGAAGCCCACCCUGGAAGCAGCAGUUGCGCUGCUCUUUGCACUCUCUGCGGGUCCCUCCGCGUCAGGCCAGGCUGCAAGGGGGGCUGGGGGGCUGCCGUCCAUUCAGCUGCUGGUGCGACUGCUGCGCCUCUGCCCUGAGGUGGAUGCCAGCGAGUCGGCCAAGUCGCACCUGCAAACCAUGAUCGGUCGUCGGAUCACCGAGUGUGAAGUUGACCACCUGCUUCCGCUUCCUCCAUCUGAGGUCCUCGCUCUCCUCGCGAUCUUCACUUCAAGCACGCCUGCUACAAGCACUCCUACUGCAAUCACUCCCAAUGCUGGGUCUGCUGCUGCAGCUGCGGAAGGCUUGGAUGCGGCCAUCCUCUCUCAGGCUGCACUACUUGUGGACACUUUCUUGAAGGCCAUCUCCACUGCUCCCAACAGCAGCAGCAUCAGCCCCGACUCCUUCAUAUCCCUUGCAACUGCACUGCCUCUUGCCUGCCGCCCCUCGCACGAUGCCCUCUAUGAGGCACCUGAGAAGCUUUCAGAGCCCGUGGCAGAUGCUGCAUCAUCGACCUCCCUCUGGCCGCCCUCUUUCACCGUUGCAGUGCUGACAUGGCAGAAGCAGCUGCUCGCAAGCCAGGCACAGCAGCUGGUGUCACGAGGCAGAGCGCUGCAGCAGCAGAAGGAGCAGGCGGAGAGGGAGAGGGAGCAGCUGCAGAGGGAGGAGCAGCAGACGCAAGCUGAGGUCGAGAAGGAGGAGGGGAAAUCUGUUGCUGUGAGGGCGGAUAUCAGGCAGGAGACUCAUGGGCUCACUCAGGCUUUGGUGCAGGUGGGUGAAGUUUUCCUACCGGUAUGA